AGCCUCCCCAGCAAGGAGCAGCGAUUACAAGCUCGAAUGGCCCUACGGAUACCUAUGCUGGGAGACCAGUCCCGGGAAGAGUUGGUGAUACAGCUUGAUACACUAGCAUGGAGGGAACUGGUUCUUGAUGAUGCGUACCAAGCGCUAUGUUGGUACGCAGUUCAGCGGGUUCCCGGAAUGGCCAAGUUCGACAAACCAGAGGGCAAGGAUUACAAUGGCCCUGGCUUAUUAUGGGGGGCCUUUGCGGAACCGGACUUUGGGAGUGUGGCAGAAUCCCGGCUUUGGGACAUACUUAACUAUAGAGAGGCCAUGCUGGAUCUCCCUAUGGCUGAAGACCAGGAGCCAGACCUGAUUGAAUUGGCCGUCCAGGAAUGGGAACUUGAGCAGGAUUACCAGCACCUGAUAAGCUCCAGUCAGUCACUCUAUACCCUGCAGGUAUCGCCAGAGCAGUGGGAGUUCGAACAGGAUUAUGAUCCGCUAUUUGAUCCAGUGAUACCACAGUUCUCUGACAUGGUAGGGCUUAUGGACUGUACACCAUUGGGAGCGUUGAGUUUCGUCACUCCUCCCCAACAACUAAGUCCGUCAUCAGGAGACCUGGGGCCUGCACCAUCUAAUCCCCAACCAGCCCCAGAAAUGA